AUGGUAAGGGGGGGCGAGGGAGGGGGGGGCGGAGCAGAAUGGAUGGGGGUGGGCGGUGGGGAGAGGUGGGCGGCGGCUGGGGGAGGGGUGGGGCAGCGAGGUUGGGGGUAUUGGGGGGGGGGGGGGGGGGGGGGGGGCGGGGGGGAGAAGGAGGGGUGGGGGUGGAGGCGGAGGCGACGGGGGGGGAGUGGGGCAGGGGGGCUGGUUGGAGGGGACGCGGCGGGGGGGGGGUGUUGUGGGGGGUCGACGGGGGGGGGGAUGGGUGGCAGGCAAUGGGGGGGUGCCGCGGGGGGGGAGGCAGCGGCGGAGGCGGGGGGGGGUGGGGGGAAUAGGAGACGGGCCGGGGGGGGGGGGGGGGGGGGUGGGGGGGGGGGGGGGGUGGGGAGGAGGGGGGGAGAGAGCAUAGGGGGGAUCGGGGGGGACCAAGGUAGAGGGGUGGCGGCGGGGGGGGCCGGGGGGGGGGCCGUGACGUGGGGCAGCGGGAGAGAGGGGACACGGAGAGUUGAGGGGAGUCCAGGGGUGGGCAGAUGGCGGUGGCGGUGGGGGGGGGGUAAUUGGGGGGGUGGGCGGGGUUGGAAAGAGGGUGAGAAGGGGGGGCGGAUAACGAGGACUGAGUGGGGGGAGGGGAGGGAGGGGACCCAGAUGGGGGGGGGGGGGCGGUGGGGGAGGGGGGCGCUGAUCAGAGACAGGUGGGGGGAGGGGCGUAUUGGGAAGAGCGAGCGCGAGGGCGGAAGGGGGGGUGGUGGGUUGGCGGGGGGGAGGGGGGAGCGGUGA